AGGGAUAGACGUCCCCUUACAGUACAUGUUCUACAUGAAGAAGCGCUUAGCUUACAUUGCUAGUUUAAUGUCAGACUGGCUGCCAGGUGUAAAUCUAUGUGUAUAAUAAAGAUCUAGAAAGUGGUUCCCUGGUGCUAGUGACCCACACACCUGCUGGUUGUCAUUUUAUUUCGGAACAAACCGUCAUAUGUCCCCAUGGGAGGCGGAUCUGCGGUUUUUAAUGGGCUUCCCCACCUGGAAGAUAGAAUGCAGAGCCCAGCGUUUUUUGCUGAAAUGGCCUUUUUGGAGAAGCUUCAUUGGUUGUGAAGGGACGCCAGGAUGAGGCGCAGGGUGUUUCUGAGCCUCUGCCUGCUGCAAGGAGCUCUGUGUACAAUCAACGUUACUCAAUAUCCACGUUUUGUGAUGGCUGAAGUUGGCAAAAAUGUCACCAUGAACUGCAAAUUUUCCUACACCAACGAAACUGUAUCCCGGCCAAUCCUAUACUGGUACAUCAAUGAGGAUGAGUACAUAUUUCCCCAUACAGCAGAGCAGUACAAGAACCGGGUAGUGCAGGCAGGCGAUGGAACACCCCACAAUAAAUCUGUGCAGCUUCAGCAGGUCCAGCUGGAGGAUACCAACACCUACUACUGCAUGAUGUCCUACAUCAUGAACAACACUUCGCCUGUGAGGACUAGGAGCCGUCUUGGAGUACAACUGUUUGUUCAUGGGCCUCUUAACUUCUUUAUGAUGUCGGAAAAUAAUUCAGAACUCUGCUGUGAGAUACGAGUGCCCUCCGUGGACAAUGUACGCCUCUCACUGCUUCAGAAUGGAACAGAGGUGCAAACGUACUUUAAUGCAACUCGGAAUGGAACGGAAUUCGUCCUGUCCACACGCUUCCAGGUGGUGUCCCAAGAGACGCUGAUGUUCGAGUGCCGGCUGAAGUAUCGUGACUGCUUCCAUACAACGCAGAUCCUUCGUCAGAAGCCACAGCGCCUGGAGCCCCAGCAUCCUCUCAUCCUGUAUACCUUCAUCCUGCUGUUUCCUUUCUGCACCCUCCUCCUCAUCCUCUCCAUCUUUCUGGCGAGAAGCAAGUACCAGACUCUGUGCUGAACGCUUCAGGCACGAGAGGCUCAGCCCCUCAGAGCUCCAGAGAACAGGCCUGGGCGUCUCUCCUGUAGAAUGGGUAGAAUUGACACCGCAGGCCCAAGAUUGUGGAGAAACACUAGAAAUAUGGCUGAUCCAUGUUCUUGUAUUUUAAAAAAUACUAGUGAUCUUUGUGCUCUCUUCAUUGAAGAACUAGGAGCAAGUAAUCCUUGUUUUUUUUAAAUAAAACAACGCAGGUA